AUGAAUCGUGCGUCGUUGUGCUGCAUUCUACCGGCGGAUUCGGCCAUCUCUCUUGAAGCGCUUUAUGUCACCUGAAAGUCAAAAGUUGAAGAGAGACUAAAAUUCAACUGGUGAAGAAAAACUGGAAAUGAUGAAGAAGGACUGAGAAGGCAAAGAAAUAAAACCAGCCUUGCAGAUUAAGGUUGAACCCAUGCUUCAGCAUCAUUUCCACUCCCCUUGAAGAGGAAUUUACCACACUGUUGUGAUAAAAGGGAUGAAUGAGGGUCGCUCUGCAACGACCCUCCUGAGAAGGUGCCACCUCGCCCUGUCCAAGACCGACACCACCUCAGCCAGCACAGCCCUCUCGAUCGAUCCCGGCGAUGGCGAUCUCGCUCAGGCUGAGACCGAAGGGCAGUUCUUGUCAGAGUUCUCAGAAUUGUUUGAGAGUGCGGAUGGAUCCCCAUCUACUCAGGACGCCAGCCAGAAUUCAGCCCAGGAACUGGUUCAGUCCGGACAGCCUGUGGAUGGGAGACAAAACCUGCGGAUGAAGUUCCAAGGUGCUUUCAAGAAGGGCAUUUCCAACCCCAUGGAUCUCCUGGAAUCCACUAUAUAUGAAUCAAAUGUGGUUCCAGGCCCAAAGAAAGCACCUAUGGACUCCCUUUUUGACUAUGGCACCUACAGGAACACGAGCAACCAGAAACGACGCAGGAAGAAGCUGCCCAGAGGUAAAACCGAGACAUCCAACGUGGACGGUCCGAGUGAGGACCCCCCAAAGGUUAUGAAAGUAUUCAACCGCUCCGUCCUCUUUGAAUGCGUGUCACGUGGGGAUCCUGAAGCCUUGGAGGGCCUGUUGGAGUACUUGCAAAAAAACGACAAGAGGCUGACGGAUGAGGAGUUCAAAGAGCCAUCCACUGGCAAGACGUGUCUUCCUAAAGCUCUGUUGAACCUCUACAGCGGGCAGAACGACACCAUCCCGCUGCUGUUGGACAUAGCGGAGAAGACGGGAAGCCUGAGAGAGUUUGUCAACACACCUUUCAGGGAUGUCUACUACAGAGGCCAGACGGCGCUCCACAUUGCCAUCGAGCGCCGGUGUAAGCAAUAUGUGGAAUUACUUGUGGAGAAAGGAGCCGAUGUUCACGCACAGGCCAGAGGACGUUUCUUCCAACCCAGGGACGAGGGGGGCUACUUCUACUUUGGUGAGCUUCCUCUCUCACUGGCCGCAUGCACCAACCAGCCAAACAUUGUGCACUACCUGACCGAGAAUCCCCACAAGAAGGCCGACCUGCGGCGCCAAGAUUCCCGUGGCAACACGGUCCUGCACGCCCUGGUGCACAUUGCGGACAACACCAAGGACAACACCCGCUUCCUCACCAAGAUGUAUGACCUGCUUCUGAUCAAGAGCGCCAAACUGUACCCAGACUGCAGCCUGGAGAGGGUGCUCAAUAAUGAUGGCAUGUCUCCUCUUAUGAUGGCGGCCAAACUGGGCAAGAUUGGGGUUUUUCAACACAUCAUCCGACGUGAGAUCAAAGAUGAGGAUGUCCGGCAUCUGUCACGCAAGUUUAAGGACUGGGCUUAUGGACCAGUGUACUCGUCCCUUUAUGAUCUGUCUUCAUUGGACACUUGUGGAGGGGAACCAUCUGUGCUUGAGAUCCUUGUUUACAACAGUCGGAGUGAGAUCCGUCACGAGAUGCUAGCAGUGGAGCCCAUCAACGAACUGCUGAGGGCCAAGUGGCAGAAGUUUGCAGCUGUGACCUUUUACAUCAACGUAGUUUCCUACCUCUUCACCAUGAUCAUCUUCACUCUGGUGGCUUACUACCACCCGACACAGGGAACGCCCCCGUAUCCUUAUACAACAUCCAGUGACUACUUGCGGAUGGCAGGAGAGGUCAUCACAUUAGCAUCGGGAAUCUUCUUUCUCCUAACCAACAUUAAGGACCUCUUCUUGAAGAAGUGCCCUGGGGUGAAGUCGUUAUUUAUUGAUGGAUCCUUUCAACUGCUGUAUUUCAUCUACUCGAUACUGAUCAUAGUCACAGCUGCUCUCUACUUGUCUGGCAUUGAGGCUUAUGUGUCUGUGAUGGUCUUUGCUCUCGUCCUGGGCUGGAUGAACACACUUUACUUUACCAGAGGCCUCAAGCUCACUGGUACCUACAGCAUCAUGAUACAGAAGAUUCUUUUCAAAGACCUGUUCAGGUUUCUACUGGUGUACGUUCUCUUCAUGAUUGGCUAUGCAUCAGCUCUUGUAUCGCUCCUCAGCGUGUGCCCUCCCCCGGGCACGGACUGCGACGGAGACUGCCCGACGUACCCCAAGUGCAGGGACCCUGACACCUUCAGUACCUUCUUACUGGACCUCUUUAAGCUGACCAUUGGGAUGGGAGAAUUGGACAUGAUCCACAGUGCUCAAUACCCUGCAGUUUUCCUCAUUCUCUUAGUGACCUACAUCAUCCUCACCUUUGUGCUGCUGCUCAACAUGUUGAUUGCCUUGAUGGGGGAGACGGUGGGCCAGGUGUCCAAGGAGAGCAAAAAAAUCUGGAAGCUGCAGUGGGCAACAACCAUCUUGGACAUCGAACGCUCAUUCCCAGUUUGUAUUCGCAAGUCGUUUCGAGUUGGCGAGAUGGUUACCGUAGGCAAGAACUGGGAUGGAACACCUGACCGACGAUUGUGCUUUAGAGUGGAUGAGGUGAACUGGUGCCAUUGGAAUCAAAACCUGGCAAUAAUCAAUGAGGACCCGGGCAAGAAUGAGACCUGUCAGGCCAAUGGCCUUCAACAAAGUGUUAGAGCCUUACGGAGGGACCGCUGGUCCACCGUGGUCCCACGGGCGGUGGAGUUAAGUCGGGGGCCACGACCUCGCGAUCUGGUGAUAGAGAUGGAGCCCCUCACGUCCAACCAUUGAAAGCCACAGUGGGCUAAUUGUGAUUCUAGUUCCAAGACAGCCGAGAUGUGUGUGAAAGGAGAUCACUCUGCUGGCACCCGUUAAAGUGCGCUCAUUUGCACGCCUUUUAUUCAUGGCACCCCCAUUGUAAAUAUUUAUUGAAAGCCAGUGGCAUUGGGAGUAGCCCUCAUAAACUGGGCAAUGGAUGUGCAACAUGUCAAAUAACCGGCUCCUUAUAGAGAAAACCCCGGAAUCAAGAAUGUUAACGAAGCAGUAUAGCUGUAAUAUACGUAUGUCAUAAAACAUCAUGAAAAUAUUCCGUGUAAUUGCAUUUUACUCAGGGACUUGACACAGUCACAGUACUGCAUUCCUAUAAUUGAGUCCUACAGAAACACAAUUACUGUAUCACAUCUCUUACAGUGCUGACAUUUUUUAAAAUCUAUAAAUGGACAAUCGCAGCAGUAAGAAACGCAGCAAUAAAUAUUUAUCUAUUUUAGGAUUGUUAGUGUUGCUACUGUUAAAUAUGAUACUAGUAGUGUGUUUUUAUAUGGAAUUGAUUAUAUAUUUUAAAACUAGUCUCAAGCCUGAGUUGCCAGCUUGGGUAGGCAGCUUAUCUUGGAGUUAAACAAUGCACUGUGCUCAUCCCCAAUACAUUAUUGUUGCAAAAGGCAGACAUUGUUCUGCAAAAAUGGGCCUGAUGAGCAAGGUUACUGUUGUCAUGCAAGUAGUAGACAAUAGCAUUACGUGCUGUGCGUUGUCUUUGAAUUUCCGGAGUUAUUAUGUUCCUUGCAGCUGCGAGAUAUUUGCAUAAUCGAGGCGGAGGCCUUGCCUCUAUUUAGUAGAGUAUGUUUUAUGCAUUUGGCUCCUUGCCCUGUACAACAUCUUGUUUUUGUGCUUCCUAUUUAUCUAUAUGCUGCAUGUAUGUACUGUAUGGCCAUAUUGGAGUUAUUUGAGCAGUCCAAGAGGUAUCAUUGGAGGUCAUUUUCAUUGAUGCUUUACAGGUCACAUUUCACUAUGUUUACAUUCCUGUCAUAAUUAUUUUUUGUACAGUUGAUGAGAACAAUUAACAGAGAAAAGUUGAUCAAAUUCAGAUUUGUAGCCAACACGUUAUUAACACACUGCUUGAAUUGAAGUAUGUUUAGUUAGUAAAAUGCUGUACAAUAAUUUCUCCCUGAAAGUAAAGAAGAUGACUCGUCAUUAGCAUGUCUGCUUCACAGUUUUGAAAUUAAAUUUUUGAAUCUUGGCUCUGGAAAUAGA